CCACAAAAAAGUUAAACACUUUUAAGAUUGUCUUUCUUUCUUUUUGUUUCAGAAAGGUUUUGUGGAAACAAAUCGCCUGGGGUCUAGGGAUUCAGUUUGCAUUUGCCAUGAUAGUGAUAAAAUGGAGUUUUGGGAAGGAUCUCAUCAAUUGUUUGAGCAGUAAAGUCAAAACAUUCCUUUCUUAUUCAGAUGUUGGAGCUGAGAUGAUUUAUGGUUAUCUUAUAACUGGCAAACCAUUUAUCCCAGAUAAUUACAACAAUAACACAGACCUUGAUCUCACUGUCAGAGGUGUGAUGGUUGCCAUUAAUGAUUCUGGAUCCUUUGGUGGAAGCGGUAUGAUGUUCAAAGUUCUCUCGAUGAUCUACUUUCUUUCAUUCUUUGUCAGCAUGCUUUACUAUCUUGGUGUACUUCAAGCCAUUGUUCUUAAACUAGGUUGGUUAUUGAGUAAGACAGUUGGAACAACAGCUGCUGAAAGUACAAAUGCCGCUGCUAAUAUUUUUCUCGGGCAGACAGAAGCCCCACUUCUCAUCAAACCAUUCCUUCCAGUUAUGACCAAAUCAGAAAUUCAUGCAGUAAUGACUGGUGGGUUUGCCACUAUCGCAGGAACUGUUCUUGGUGCAUAUAUUGGGAUAGGUAUUGACGCCAACAACUUGAUAACAGCAAGUGUCAUGGCAGCUCCAACAGCUCUGGCUGUUUCUAAACUUUUCUAUCCAGAGACUGAAGAAUCAAAAACAACAAUAAAAGAUUUAAAAGUUGAAAAUGAAGAUGAUGCCAAUGUGCUGGAUGCAGCUGCAAAGGGUGCGUCUACGGCAAUUGGUUUAGUUCUAAACAUAGCUGCAAGUCUGAUCGCUUUUAAAAGCUUUGUGGCCUUCUUAGACGCUUUGAUUGGAUGGUUUGGGGACUUUGCUGGCGCACAGGACUUAUCCUUUCAGAUAUUAUUGGGUUAUCUUUUCUGGCCCUUGGCUUGGAUAAUGGGAGUUAGAGCAGAAGAUUGUUUGGUAGUUGCUAAACUAAUAGGAAUGAAACUUUUAGUGACUGAACUUCCGGCAUUUCAAGAGUUGGGUAUAAUAAAGAAAGCCUGUGGUUUGGAUGAGACAAGUGAUUUAUGUACACUUGAAGAGAGAUCCAUUACAAUCUGUACAUUUGCACUUUGUGGAUUUGCUAACUUUGCUAGUAUAGGCAUGCAGAUUGGAGGACUCAGUGGGCUGUGUCCAGAGAGAAAAUCAGAUUUUGCUCAGGUGGUGUUUCGAGCCAUGAUAGCAGGCUGUUGGGUGUCUUUUUUAAAUGCGUGUAUUGCUGGUGCUUUAUUGUAGUAAAUAAAUAAUUAAUUUAAAUUA